GCCACCUGAGCGAGGGAGUCAGGUCAGUUAAAUGUCGCUAUUUUUGCCGUAAACGUGGGCGUCGUGCUGCGAAUAGCCGAGAGAGAAGCUCAGGGGGCGGGGAACCCGUGGCGUUACGGCGGGAUGGCCAGCACGGCGAUAAAUUCCCCACCGCCUUCCUCCGCUGUCAGCACUUUGUACCAACUCUCCGCCUCCAUGGUGAACUCCUUGAGAGUCGCAGCCGUCCUCGAGCGGCUCUCGAUGCACCUCGCUGCUCCUCCCGACCCUGCUAGCACUCAGCAUGCCCACGGCGUCGAGUACUACAAUCUCCUGCUCUCACUCGCCAGAGGGAUUGAUUACGCAGUAGCAAACAAUGAUAUUCCAGAGAAGGUUGCACAUAUACCGGAAUUACUCAAAGAGAUUUGCCGACGGAAAAGUGAUGCUUGCUCACAAGCACUCGUCAUGGUAUUGAUGAUCUCUGUUAAGAAUGCUUGUAAGGUUGGAUGGUUUCCGGAGAAGGAGAGGCAAGAGCUCUUCGCCCUCUUUGAUGAUGUCGGAAGCUGCUUCUACAAUCCAAGAGAUAUUAGUGAAACCUAUGAUUCUCUUUAUACAAUUUCAACAAUUUUUGAGAGAUACUAUCCACAAAUGAAGAUUGGUGAGAUACUUGCAACACUUGAAGUAAAGCCUGGAUAUGGGGCCUAUGUCAGCGAUUUUCACGUUUCGAAGAAUACAGCACAUUCUCCAGAUGAAAAGAUAAGAUUACUUGUGGCGCAGACAGAUAAGCUGGGGACUUCUGCCUGCAUAAUAAGCCCUCCACAAGUAAACUUUCUCUUAAAUGGAAAAGGGGUGGACCGGAGAACUAAUAUUUUCAUGGAUACUGGGCCUCAAAUGCCCACUAAUGUUACGUCAAUGCUCAAGUAUGGAACCAAUCUUCUCCAAGCUGUGGGCCAGUUCAAUGGCCGUUGUUUGAUAGCUCUUGCUUUUAUGAGUGUGACGUCGCCACUUGAUUCUAGUGAGCUGAAAGGUUAUGUUUCACCAACUUUAGCUGCGCAAGAUUCAGACUCUGAAAUUAUUGAGGGGCCAUCAAGAAUAUCUCUAAAUUGUCCCAUUAGCCGUUCACGUAUUAAAGUUCCUGUGAAAGGACACUCAUGCAAACAUCCUCAGUGUUUUGAUUUUAGUAAUUUUAUCGGCAUAAAUUCAAGACGGCCAAUGUGGCGCUGCCCGCAUUGCAAUCAGUAUGUUUGCUUCACUGAUCUCUGCAUUGAUCAAAACAUUGCUAAGAUCCUCAAAGAGGUGGGUGGUGAUGUCACUGGCGUCAUGAUCUCUGCUGAUGGGUCAUGGAAGGCUGUCAUGGAGAGCGACGGUGAUUUUGAUAUCAUACACAAUAAGAUCUCUACGGCAGAAGGAUCUACUGACCCUCCACCUGUAAGUGAUGUUUUUGACCUUACAGAGGACAAUGAUGAGAUGGAUGUUACUGUCAACAUUGAAGAUGAAGACACGAAACCACGGGGUUUAAACCAGACUCACAUUGUCAACCGUGAUCCUGUUCAUCCAGAAGGCGACUUCUGGUCGGGAGCUCUUGCAGGGCCAACAAAUUCAAAUGCAGGGUUGGACCCACAAGUUGCCGGUGGUGGAGCAUUUGAGCCAAUUAUGCUUUCAAACCUCACAUCUCCUGCUAUUACUGAUUCCAUUUCUUCAGCACUCAAUAAUCAAGGGUUUCAUGGGCUCAGGAAUAUCAGUUCCGGGGAGUCAAUAUUGCAAAGUCAGCUCUCUGCUGCAAAUACUUUGCACUUACAGCAGUCAGUAAUGGUAAAUUCCAUUCUGAAUAACGAGAAUGGGUAUGGGAACAGGCAGCCAAUUCCAGUGAAUGUGACUAGAACUCCGACAGCAGUGCAAGCCCUGCCAGUUCAGCACCAAACACCAAAUCCGCUGCUGAGAUCAAGAAGUGAUAUGAACCCAGUGAUCCUAAACAGUUCUUCCAUAGCUUCUACUGCCACCCUUCCUCUGGCCCAGCAGCAAUUUUUGAGAUCUAUUCCAUCUUCAUCUCCAUCGUCACUUCACCCAGCCAGGACACUGCAGCAGGCUACGAAUCGCUCGGCUAGUCCUGCUCUGCAACAGCGUCCCAAUCAACUCCAAGCUUGGCCUGGAACAUCCACUGGACUCUUUAUGGGAUUCCAAAACCAACAUCUACAGCAAGCCCUGAACCAGACCAUGCUGCCUCCAAUGAGCCAGUCCCCAACUACCCCCAGAUACCCCAUGACUCGUUUUCAGACUCCAUUGGUCCAAACACCCACGACAAGUGGGGCCCCACAUUCGAGAUUCCAGAUUCCCUCUCAUCAAGGUAAUCCUUCCCAUAGGCAGCAUGCGCCACCUCCACAGAUAGGGAUUUCUCGACCUCCUGGCUUUAGAGCGCCUACACCGAGCGAGGAGCAAAGAGGGAACAGCACUGCAGGAGGUCAACCAUCCCCGAGGGUUGAUGGGUCGGGAGAUUUGGCAUCGGAGCAGAACUGGCGGCCUGCAGGCCGGAUGCGAGGUAGCAUAACUGGGCGACCUUUCUCAGAUGAAAUUAGCCAGCUCGUGAUUCAACCGACACAGCCAACUCGACCUAGUGGAUCGCUAGCACCAUCAAAUCCCGUCUCCGCCUCUUUGAGCGCUCCACCCCAUUUGCGGGCUUCAAUGUCAAAUAACAAAAAUACUAGCACAGGUGAUGCACAAAAAAACCAGUAACGGAAACUUAGCUAUUUCAUGGGGUGAAGAAGAUCGGGUUUCUGCUUGAGCUGUGGUACCGAUUAGAUUGUAUAUGGGUUAGUCGAUCGGAUCACAUGCAGUCAGAACUAGCUUUUGACAUCAUGAAGGCUGCUUCUACGUGGUUGGGGUGUUGAAAUGUUGUUUAUGUUCUGGGUUAGCUUUACGGGUUAAUCUCGAACAUGACUUGGGGGGGGGGGGGUGGGGGGAUGGUGGUUCACAAUCACGCAUGCAUGCUAACGCAGGUGACUGUUUGCUAUGGGUCAGAAACACACAUGCUAACCUACGGGCAUAGGUUGUGUCUGUUUGCUAUGGCUGUUAUUAGCUGAGUGACUAUAGCUAAACAUUUGGUCGAUGCCCCGAUAUCUCUUUUGUAUGUAAAAAGUGUUUUGCAGUCUUGGGAUAUGUCUCCGUUUGGUCCACUAAUUUUGACGGUUUUGGUUAUGUCCAAUUUCGUCAUCAGGCCUUCGGGGAAAAGGUUAAUGCCAUCCUUCGGUCAUAUUUUAGCCACUAACGCUGUUGGCAAAAGUUAUUUUAUUUGAAGUCAAUCUAUGAGGGGAAAAAAAGAAAAAAAGAAAAAAAGAGAGAGAGACGUCAGUUCUGGACGGUAUAUGAUGUGGUAUUACAUAAUAAUUAUGUUACAGAUUUGAUACCAUUUGUUA